AUGGAGCGCAAACGUACUGUGAUUCAGGGGAACACAGACUUCAGCUUGUCUGGCCAUCCCUACUCGACCCAGGUUCUCUUGCCAUCAUCUCACGCACAGCGACGUGCAAUGCCUAGUACUCACUACAACAUGAUGGCCAACUCGCCGUAUAUGUCUGAAAGCUCAGUGUAUGACUUUCCUAGCAUGGGAGAUUCUUUCCAUGCUCAACCGGCAAACAGGAGUUUGAAAGUAUCCGAUUCUUCUGAGGAAGAGGCGUACCGUCCGACCAAGGCACGAAAAGCCGCAAGAAAGACGAAAACUCCAAAGCACAGAGAGCAUCAUCCCACGUUCCUCGGCAAAGUUCUUUCCGACAUUUCAUCCAUGCCUCCUUCCGUCGUGCUCAAGAAUGCUGAAUUGUUCGCCACUCGCGCGACAGAGGUACGGCUAGCCGAAGCUGACAAGGCCGGCAAGAUCAAGCGCCCUCUCAAUGCAUUCAUGCUAUACCGCAAGUUCUAUCAAGACGUUGCUAAGAAAUGCUGCACUAAGAACAACCAUCAACAAGUUUCGACAAUUUGUGGAGCAUCUUGGAAACGUGAGCCGAAACAUCUCACGACCGAGUUUGCCCGCCUCGCCUCAGAGGAGAGGAGAAUGCACGUGGAGGCCUUUCCCUCAUACAAAUAUGAUCCUCUUCACUCAAAGAAGAAGGAUGAUAAAGAUUCGCUGCUGCCUUUACCGCUGGACAAGGACGGGUUCGAACACAGCAGCGGUCGGGAACUGCCUGAGGAGAAGAAACUAAAGCGAACAAGAAAGGAAGUACCUGAAUACCAUGAGCCCUUGCACCUGGGCAGUGGGCUAUACCCACCAAUCGUUGAGCAACAGCAGGUCUUCAUGAGGCCCGUUGCCACGCAAGCUUACUGGGCCCCUCAGCCUGUGCAAGUUGCCCCCUACUAUGAGGAGCGCACAUAUCAGGUGGAUGCUGGCUCGUUCCAACCGUACCAGGCAUGGCACAGUGAUGACUACUUCACUGGUGGAAAUCCACAGCUUCUCGUGAACGGUCUGCAUGGAGCCACAAUGGAGCGUGGGUUGAGUGCCCAGGAGGCCUGCAUCGACCCUAUACUUCUUCCCUGUUCGCCCGGCUCGAGAUACGAUCUACCAAACGGUGGAUCAGCCCAAGAGCAGUGGAAUCAUGGAGGACAUGCCGAGGCAUCACACACUGACGCAGUGAUUCCUGGAGUGAAUGUACGUUCCUAUGAUGCAUAUCUCAAAGGAACUGACAGCGACUGGAAAGUUGAACAUUUGGAGGAGCCAAGUCAUUUUGAUGACUGGAUGUCUCAAAUUGAGGGGGGGUUGUAA